GGCCCCCCAUCGUCCUCUUGAACCUGUGCUUUGCGUCUAUACCCUUUGGGAGGCCUGAUAUCUUUAGACGUACGGUCCUUUUGUGGCACGGCAUACUCACAUGGUGGUUCGGAUGCAAGACGGUUGAGGGCGAAGUUCAACUUCGCAUCAUUUGGUCCGCGCGCGGCGCCGCACGUGCUGGAAUACACGUGGCGCUCGGUGAGCCCGAGCUCGCCGCCAUCGUCCGCGACGGUCACAACGCUUGUGCCCUCGAGGGCAUUCCUCCAAAAUGCUGAACAGCCCAACGAUGUCGAGCUGGAUGCGCACGUCUCCCAUCGAGAUCCUCAUCACGCGCGCCUGCGAUCCCUCAUUACCCGAGCCCAAUUACGCGCUGCAUCUCGAGGUCGCCGAGUAUAUCAACCAGAAGAAGGCGAACAACCCCCGCGAGGCUGCGAUGCUCAUCGCACGCCUCGCAAACCAUAGGAAUCCUCACAUCGCAAUCCUCGCACUCGCCCUCCUUGACACGCUCGUCCAAAGCUGCGGCUAUCCCUUCCAUCUGCAAAUAUCUACCAAGGAAUUCCUCAAUGAGCUUGUGCGUCGCUUUCCCGAGCGACCGCCGCCUUUCCCGGGCCCAGUCAUGUCCCGCAUCCUCGACCUCAUCCAGGGCUGGAAGGAGGGCAUCUGCUCCGAGUCGCGCUGGAAGGAUGAUCUGGGCAACAUCCGGGACAUGCACCGCCUGCUCACCUUCAAGGGGUAUCGAUUCCGGGACACAGGACGCCAGCCGUCCCUCGCGAGCGCGUCGAACAUCAAGUCGGCGGAGGAACUUGAAGAGGAGGAUCGGGAGGCACAGUCGGCGAAGCUGCAGGAGCUCAUCCGGCGGGGCACGCCGCGCGACCUUGCAGCUGCACAGGAGAUCAUGAAGGCCCUCGCGGGCGCAAACCCGGACGCUAAGCCGGACUAUCGCGCGCAGGCACUCACGGACAUCAACAAGCUCGAGCAGAAGGUGAUCUUGCUAAACGAGAUGCUGGACAACGCGGAUGUCGAGCACGGCGAGCGGUUCGUGGGGGGCGAUGUGUAUGAGCAAGUGGCUACCAUCCUGCAGAAUGCGCGGCCCAAGAUCCAGAAGCUGAUCAACGAGGCAGAAACGGAGGAUUCGGAGUCAUUAGACACUUACCUCCAGAUCAACGACCAAAUCAACUCCGUACUCAAUCGAUACGAAGCCUACAAGCGCGGAGACUACGAGGCCGCAAAGAACCCCGUCCCAGCCGAGCUCGCAGGCAGCUCUCAGUCCAACGGCGGCGCAAAUAACGGCAUCUCCCUUAUCGACUUCGACGACUCCGCCCCCGCCCCCUCAGGAGGCACCAGCAAUGCCGACGACCUCAUGAGCCUCUUCGGCGCGCCAAGCCCUGCUACUGCGACCACCACCACUACACCAGCCACCGCGUACGCGAACCAGACGCAGACCGCGCAGCCGCAGCCGCAGGUCGCGAACAACGGCAAGGGGUACGGCAUGGCGAUGCUCAUGGGCAGCGGCGUCGCUGGGGGUCCGCCGUCAUCGACGACGCCUCCCGCGGCAAUACGGCUGCCGACAAGCCCGAGGCAGAACAGCGGUCCGUCGCAUACGCAGAGCACGCCCGGGUCGAGGACGCAGUCGCCGGUCGUCUUGCCAGGCGCCAGGCAAUCACCGGCGCUCGGUGGCGGGGCACAACAUGCGCAAUCACCCCUCGCGGGCGGCGCGCCGUCGCCAUACUUCCCGCAGCACACCCCUGGAUUUGGGCAACAGGGCCCUGCAUACGGCCAGCAGUGGGGACAGCAGUCACCGUCCGCGUUCGUGCAGCAGCCGCAGUUCGGCCAACAGCCACAAUUCCAGCCGGGCACCUUCGGGCAACCGCCAGCUUUCGCCCAACAGCCGCCGGCGUAUGGACAGCAGCAGACGCAAUCACCCUUCGCGCAAGGAUCACCCAUGCCUGGUACCCCGUCUGCUGCACCAGCGCCUGCAGCUGCGCCCCAGCAACCUCAGCAGAAGGACCCGUUCGCGGAUUUGGCGGGAUUGUUUUAGUGUGGAAGUGCUUUUGUUUGUAUAUAUAUUGCUCUCGCUCAGAUAAUGUUCAUGGAAUGCGCUGGCUGUUUCGUAGACUUCAGCAUGGGGUGAUGGUCGUAUGGGGGGAGGGGGAGGAGGGCACUGGGACAGAGGGUGGUGUUGUUGUUCACUCCGAGCCCUAACAAAACUAUCAAGCCUAGUAGUCGUGACUAGCUGGUACUUUUCAGGUUUGGGGGGCUGUCUUGUAUGCGAUAAAUGGUCAGGCCAGAGUGUAUAGUCAUGUUGGUCUAUUGGAGUGCUGUGGGCGAGAACAUGUACACCGUGCACGUGGAAUCUCGAUCGGC